AGCCUCUCAGCGUCAAGCAUGGAUUCUCAAGGACCCUAUCUGAACCUGAAUGCCGUGGCCUCCCCGGUGGGCGUGGCCCGGGUGUGGCAGAUCGUUUUCAGCUGCGUCACCGUGAGCCUGGUGGCACACCAGGCGGGCUUCAACGCAGCCUACGGGACCUUCUGUAUGUUCGUGUGGUGCCUCUGCCUCACCACAACGGCCUGCGUGGUCGCGCUGGAGUUCACAAGGCUGCACACCUGCCUCCGGCUCUCCUGGGACAACUUCACCAUCACCUUCGCCAUGCUGGCCACGCUCAUGUGCGUCACGGCCUCCGUGGUCUACCCCGUCUACUUCCUGCAGGCGCAGUGCCCUCACGAGGGCUGCGAGGUCCGCAACUACCGCAUUGCCGUCACCGUCUUCUCCUGUCUGGCCUCCGUGGCAUACCUUGCUGAAGUCAUCGUCGCCAGGGCCAAGCCUGGCCACGUGUCGGGCUACAUGGCCACGGCGUCGGGCCUCCUCAAGAUCGUCCAGACCUUCAUGGCCUGCAUCAUCUUUGGGGCGCUCGUCAACGAGAGCCAGUACAGCCGCCACGUGGCCACCCAGUAUUGUGUGGCGGUCUACAGCUUCUGCUUCGCCGUCACGGUGAUUGUGGUCCUGCUGAUGGUCUCGGGGAAGACGCCUCUGCUGAGGUGCCCCUUCGACCGCUUUGUGGUGGUCUACACCUUCGUGGCUGUGCUGAUGUAUGUGAGCGUGGCUGUGAUCUGGCCCGUGUUCUGCUUCGACAAGAAGUACGGCAGCCCAGAGCGGCCCUACUACUGCACCCGGGGCAAGUGUCCCUGGGAGAGCCAGCUAGUGGUGACCAUCUUCACCUACAUCAACCUGAUCCUGUACAUCGCUGACCUGGCCUACUCACAGAGGAUUCGCUUCAUCACCGAGCCUUAAGACUGCUGCUCACCUAGGACACCUCCAGCAGUCUGGAAACACAGCUCUGCUUUGAUACAAACAGAAAUAGAGACUCGCUUCUUAUCUGUGCCUGUGCUGCUAAAUUUGUCAAAUACAUUGCAGUUUGACAGCAAAGCCAAACUUCCCAGUAAUAACCCUAUGUUAUAUAGAUGUUUGCUUGUUGUUUUAUGCAAUGAUCGUAUUUUAUUUCUACUAUUUCCCAAGGACAUUGCAAUACCUGUGGGCUUUGUGCUUUUCAAUUUAGAUAUUUUAUUAACAUUUGUUGUCAGAGAUCUUGCUCACUGUUCUUUUACCAGGGAAAAUAGCAUAUUCACAUGGAAAGCAGCUUCAAAACGGGUGUACUGAUUUGAUGAAUGGGUUAGCAUUGCAGAGCCUCACGUGUAGAAAUGUGACAUUGAUCAGUUUGUGUGUGUGUGAGCGUGUUCUGCAGAAGUGACCUUGCUGUGUAUACUGUAUGCGUUUAAAGAAUGCACCUUCAACAGCACAGUCCCCUCACAGGCUAUGCUGGGGUGCUGGUAACUGGAGUUUACUGCCUGGGUAUGUUAGCCUAAGUGGGAUUUUAACUGGAAAAUUCUGAGCUGCGUACAGCAGGCAUAAAACACUGCAAGCUGUACAGGCUGAUUAAAAUACGCUGGCUAUGUGUGUGACAGUGCUGGGACAAAUAUUUAAAAAUUCAAACAAAAACUUGAUCAUUUGUUCAUGUAACAAAAGGAAACCAAUGCACAGCUGCAGUCUGGUAUGAAUGACACACACUUUACUGCACAGAAGAGUGCCGCUUCUCUCCUUUCAUUAAUAGGUCAUUGGCAAAGGUUUAUUUUGCUCCUGAGAGAUUUUUAUUAUUGCAAGAUCAAGUAAUGGAGAAAAACACGUGUUAAUAUGACAAAGGUAGAACCAAACAAAUGUCUGGGAAAAUGUUCUAAUGAAGAUUCCUACUUUAUCCACUGUUCCUUGAUUCUAGUAUUGCGGAUUCUGCUGAUCGGUAUAUUAGCUUCUUACCUGUCUUACUAAAACCAUAUUGAUACAACUUGACCCUGCUGUAGCUGUUGGCUGGUUUGACUGCUGCAAAGAAGGCUGCUUGUCUGUUUAUGAAUGUGUGUAUGUGUAUAUGUUUUAAAGAAUUAAAGAAAAAAGACGUCAGAUUCCUGGUCCUAUUUUGCUUUGUACACAUGGGAAUACAAAUUAAUAUCAUCUCUAUUUACAAUGUUUUAACUUGAUUUGUUUAAAGUAAAGUUUAAAGUUUUAAAUAAGUUCUAAUAGCGACACAUUGGCGUAACAAACCAACAUGAGGGGCAGCCAAUUUAGACAAGAGAACGUGCUGGAUUUUGUAGAUGUUUAAUAAAACAAUCAUUCAACCCUUGUACGAACAGAUCUCAAAUAUACCUCCUCUCUCACAUUACACUGGAUACAGGACAGCAAGUUAAUGUGAAGCAGGUGUACAGGCAAAUCUAAAGCACUGAUAAGGUUGUGGCACAUCGGUAUAUAAAAUCGAACAUUUAUUAACAAUGAACUUUAAUAUCCAAAAUACCAAAACAUACACUGUGUUCUGCAUGAUCCUUGAUGGUUGAGUCUGCUUGGAUCAGGGCUGGCCAAAGUUGGUACUUCCACUUCUGGUCUUUGUUCCAACCCUGUUCUUAGUUGUUUAAAUAAACCAAUUAAACCUGCAUCCAGACCCUGAAGGAGUUAAUUAUAUCACCUGUUACCUGUUAAACCUGGAGUGGAAUCCCAUGGACCUCCAUGACGAUUGUAUCCUCGCUCCAGUCCUUAAUGAACGUCUGUAUGUUGAAAUUCAACCUUCACGUCACAAAACUGAGAAACAAUUUGUUCCUGUCAAAGACUUACAAUUAUAUCCCGCAUGUCACUGUAGUUGUUUGAUUCAAGUUUUGUCCCGAUAUCAAAUCGUACUGUGUUUUGUAUUUGCUCUUGGACUGAAGUCAUUGUAUUUUGUAUCUUGCUCUUAAUUGUACUGUAAUUCUUGAUGUGUACUUUUUGUAUACAACUGUAAGUCGCCCUGGGUAAGGGCGUCUGCUAAGAAAUAAAUAAAUAAAUAAAUAAAUAAAUAAAUAAAUAAUAAUAAUAACAAUUGAUGAACACAUGCAUGGAAUACCGACAGUUUAUUAAC